AGUGCGUGGGAGGGACUAUAGAGGAAAGCUGUCCAUCUCUGAGCAAACAGCUAAGGAUGCUAACGUACAUAUUUUGAGAAAAGGCAACAUACAUAGAGAAAAGACAGCAUUACAGUUGCCUACUUCUUAAUACGAGUGUUCCAGACUAUAAGGACGAUCGGAUAAAAUGGAUGCUGAAGGAUGUCAUAGAUCGGGGCCACCUUGCGAUCAGAACUAACGCGAGCCAGUGGAAAGAACCGAAUGGCUUCUCUGGAGCUGCUUUACCUCGGCAAAGCUGGAGGACAACCGGAUCCCUUGAACAUCCGUACUUUGCCCUCCAGUCCGGUGCAUGUCCGUCAGUCCAGUAGCUCACACGGUGGAGCACUUUCCGGUGAACAAGAGCGCAGCUCGGCUCGCGGAUGCGAGUUGCUGAGUGCUUCAGCACCACGGACGGCGGCCAAUAGGGGCGGGGCGCAGGUUAAAAACGGCUGCAGCUUCCCAGCGGAGGAGAGGGUCAUAGUGUGCUGUGACGAGGAGCUAGAGACUUCUUUUAUGUAUAUUGAUGAAAACGUAAAUCUACGCCUUGCCAGCCCAUUAACAAGCUGUAAAGGGAUUCACAAAUCCUCGCGCGAUGGCUCCGCAAGUGACAUUCGCCCAGAGACACUACCGGAACUCUCUCUUAUGUCGGACGAGGAUCUCUUCUCGGAAAGUUCGGGGAGUUCUGUAGACUACGGAUUUAUCAGCGCUGUCACAUUUCUCGUUGCCGGGAUCUCCUUAGUAAUCAUAUCCUACACCGUCCCUCGCGACGUACAGGUAGACCCCGAGAGCGUGUCCGCUCGUGAGAUGGAGAGGCUGGAGAUGGAAAGCGCGCGGGUGGGGGCCCACCUGGACCGGUGCGUGAUCGCGGGGCUGUGCCUGCUGACACUGGGCGGGGUGGUGCUCUCCUCGCUGCUCAUGGUGUCCAUGUGGAAGGGUGAGAUGUACCGGAGGAAGGCUUUCGCUUAUUCCAAGCGCUCCACGAAGCUUUACGGAUCUAUCAACCUGAAGACAAAGUCCAGCCCCAGCCGUUCCUCCGCACACCUGUCCCCGGAGGAAGACAUUGAGGAGACCUUUAACUAGAAUCAUACCGUUGUCCUUGACAACGCUGUUCUUGUAUUACUCUGCCUGAGCAACAUGAAAGCAACGUGACGUUCCUCAGAAAGAUCCCCAAACUUAGAGGACCAUAAAAUGUUAACAUUCAAACAAACAUCCUACCCUACACCGACCCUAACACCAAUAACUGUAUCUGAUUUAAUGAAACAAUGUUGUGUUGGGAUAUGAAAAUUCAAAUGAAAAACA